UUCUUCCCCCGAGUGUGGGUGGUGGUCUCAAGUCUCUUGCCCUUUCUUUUUUUAUAAAAAAAAAAAAAAAACACUCGGUGCUACCACUUGUACGUCGGGAAUCUCUCUCUCUCUCUCUCUCUCUCUCUCUCAAGACUAUCUAUCUAUCUGAGAAACAGAGAGAGCCAUUUUCUCCUAAAUUCAGACCUCCUCUCUGAAUUCUUAUUGUUAUUAGUAUUAAUUAACGAACACGGAGAUCAGAGUUUCGAAAUUGGAGGGCGGGUGGGAUAUGAGGGAGAGUAGAUCUGUCAUCUGAGUAGGCAUAUCUAUUAAGGGGUUAAUCAGUUCAUCAGCGCCUUAGCAGCUCUCCUGCUUUGGGAAGAAAGAAUGUACGUGGAAUGUCUACCUUACUUAGGUAAAUGAAAAGUGUAUCAACCAAAGGAUGUUACUAGUUCACGCUUAGUCUGCAACAACUCACUAGUUCAUGGUCAGCAUUUAGACAGUGGCAUCAACACAAUGGACCCCAUCAACGGAGGAAACAGUCUCAAUAAUCCUAACCUUGCCUCAAAACAGCGACUGCGUUGGACACACGAGCUUCAUGAACGCUUUGUCGAUGCUGUGGCACAACUUGGUGGGCCAGAUCGUGCGACACCAAAAGGUGUUUUGAGAGUGAUGGGUGUACAAGGUUUAACCAUAUACCAUGUAAAAAGCCAUUUACAGAAAUAUCGACUUGCAAAAUACCUACCCGACUCCUCAUCUGAUGGAAAAAAAGCUGACAAGAAAGAACCUGGGGAUGUGCUUUCCAAUUUGGAUGGUUCAUCUGGAAUGCAAAUUACAGAAGCACUCAAGCUGCAGAUGGAGGUGCAGAAGCGACUGCACGAGCAAUUAGAGGUACAGAGACAGCUGCAGUUACGGAUUGAAGCACAAGGUAAAUACUUGAAGAAAAUUAUAGAAGAGCAACAACGACUUAGUGGAGUUCGUUCAGAAGCACCUGGCUCUGGGCACUUAGCUCGUUUGUCAGAUGACAAUUGCCCAGAAUCUGAUAACAAGACUGACCCGGCAACCCCUGCCCCGACCUCUGAGUGCCCCCUCCAAGACAAGGCUGCCAAGGAAUGUACACCAGCCAAGAGCCUUUCCAUUGAUGAAUCUUUCUCAUCUCAUCAUGAACCCUUGACUCCAGAUUCUGCUUGUCAGGUUGAUUCUCCAGCCGAGAGUCCAAAAGCAGAGAGGUCGAUGAAGAAGCGGCGAGUUAUCAUGGGCGAAGCAUUCGCUGAUCCAGAAGUGGUGCUUACACACCAAAUACUAGAGUCGAGCUUAAACUCUUCAUAUCAGCAAGCACACACGACUUUCUUGCCUAGGGAGCAGUUUGAUCCCUCAUCCGGGAUUUCAUUCAGGAAUGAAAAUAUAUUGGAAAAAGUUGCGGGCAGUGACAUGUAGUUUAGUGUUCUGAGCAGCAUGCCCUGAAGGAGUUUCAUUUUGCCUUUAUGAGUUUUAUGGGAGGUACGUCUGUAACCAGGUGAAAGAAUGUUGCAAAUUACAGGUGUGCUGCAUUAGUUAGGUUCCAGCUUCAAACACGUCUAUGAACUGUGCCUUGUUUAAGUUGAGAGAAUUGUUGCGAACAAUGGUUGGAAUUAGUACUUCUCUGCGAUAUAAUUACUGUAGAGCUUGUUUGUGGGCAGAUAUUCUUUAGAAACUUUUGAUCAUUCCCCGUUUUAGUAAGCAUCGUCAUUCCAUUUAGCUCAA